AUGUACAACGCCCGCCAGCAGCCGCCGCGGCGGCGAAAGAAGCAGCGGCUCUUCACCAAGGACAUUGAGAACUUAUUGUUUGGUAUGGGUGAUGUUGGAGAAAACGACGAGACCAACGCCGCUCUCGAAGACAUUCUCAGCGGCUACCUCCAGGACUUGUGCCACCGGAUGACGACCUACGCCCGCUCCCAGGGACGGCUGAGAGUGAAAAUGAACGAUAUCGGCUUUGCCUUAAAGGAUGAUCCGCUCAAAUUAGCGCGUCUCGAAUACAUUUUGGAACAACAGGCGAAGAUUGAACGGGCGAAGCGUUUGCUCGAUGACUUUGGCGACCAGGACGAAGAGGAAGAGACCGAGGAGGAGAAGAAGGAACGCAAGCGACGUAAACGGGAGGAGAAGAAGCGCGAGAAGGAAGCCGCUCGCCAAGCCAAGGAGGGGUGA